AUGAAGACGAUAUACAGUGUGAUGUGCUGCCCAUGGACGCAUGACACAUACUAUUGGGCAGACUGUGGCAAUCGAAUCGAAAGGAAGACUACUCUUAUACCUUUGACACCUCAAGAGGUUUACCGGGAUCAAAUGCAACUAAAGCAAAGGACAAAACCGCCUUCUAAACCGUCUAACUUUUACUUGAAAGCCGGUGAUGUUAACAGAACUCUUAUCUCUAAUCAAUCAGUUCUUUUAUUUGUGUUUAAGGAGGCUCUUGCCAAUAUGACUAACCUCACACCGGUUUUGCCGAGUAAGAUUCAAACUCUUUUACAAGGCAUUGAAUAUCAAAUUGAUUUCAUGCAUGGUGCCUCAUUGCCUAAUCGCCCUGCUUAUAGAACUAACCCGGUCGAGACAAAGGAAUUACAAAGACAAGUCGAUGAGUUAAUGGAGAAAGGACACAUAAGAGAAAGCAUGACUCCUUGUGCUGUACCGGCUCUACUUGUGCCUAAGAAGGAUGGGAGUUGGCGAAUCAAGAAUUUAGAUGAGCAUGUAAUGCAUUUAAGAGUUGUUCUAGAUGAGCUAAGAAAGGAAAAACUAUAUGCCAAUCUAAAGAAAUGCACCUUUGGAACAGGUAACCUUGUCUUUUUAGGUUUUGUUGUAAGUGCAGAUGGCAUUAAAGUGGAUGAAGAGAAAAUCCAGGCUAUCAAAGACUGGCCAACCCCUAAAACUGUCGGUGAAGUUAGGAGUUUUCAUGGCCUGGCCGGAUUCUAUAGAAGAUUUUUUCAAGAUUUCAGCACUAUAGCCGCCCCUCUCACAGAAGUUAUCAAAAAGGAUGUUGGAUUUCAAUGGAGAGAAGCUCAAGAAGCCGCGUUCAAAGCUUUAAAGCAUAGGCUUACUAAUGCACCUCUAUUAUCUUUACCUGAUUUCCUUAAAACUUUUGAAAUAGAAUGUGAUGCUUCAGGUAUAGGAAUCAGAGCUGUGCUGAUGCAAGACAAAAAGUCAAUUGCUUUCUUUAGUGAAAAGCUUGGAGGAGCCACCCUAAACUACCCAACCUACGACAAAGAGCUUUACGCUUUGGUCAGGGCUUUACAAACAUGGCAACAUUACUUGUGGCCCAAAGAGUUUGUUAUUCAUACCGAUCAUGAAUCCCUCAAGCAUCUUAAAGGACAGCAAAAGCUUAAUAAUAGACAUGCGAGGUGGGUUGAGUUCAUUGAAACAUUUCCUUAUGUCAUCAAAUACAUGAAAGAUAAGGACAAUGUAGUUGCUGAUGCAUUGUCUCGAAGAGCAGAACUUGUUAAACAGAUCCACGAGAAGGCCAGAGUUAACAUAGAGGAGAAAACAAAGCAAUAUGUCAAGCACGCUAACAAAGGCCGACGCAAGCUUACCUUUGAGGAUGGAGAUCUCACUUGGCUGCACCUAAGAAAGGAGAGAUUUCCAGCAGAAAGGAAAUCUAAACUAAUUCCAAGAGUUGAUGGUCCCUUUGAGAUAACUAGAAAGAUCAAUGAUAACGCCUACCAACUUGAUCUACAAGAUGAUCCAGAUUUGAGGACAAAUCCUUUUCAAGAAGAGGGGGAUGAUAUGAUCUUGGAUAGCAUUAACAAGGAGCUUGAACUAGCAGAAGAGCCGCAAGGAGUUAAUGAGCUAAGGAGCAAAGACAAGAAGCAAAGAAUGAAACAAGAAGACCCUUUGCUCAUUUCAAAUGGUCUCAUGACCCGAGCAAAGACUAAGAAGCUCAAGGAAGCUGUUGGAGAUAUACUUAGGCAAGGAGUGCUUAUGGAACAAAAGGGAAAAGAGAUGGGUACAACUACACUAGUUGUGAUCCAAGUCCGAGAAGGCUAA